AUGUCUGAACAACAAUACACAGAAAGUUUGAAGGUCAUCGUUGCUGAAAAGUUGAAAGGUGUCGAAAAUUUCACCGAAGAUGUCAACUACGUAGCUGAAUACAUCGUUCUUUUAAUAGUUAACGGAGGUACUCUAGAGUCUAUCGUCCAAGAGUUAUCCACUUUAUUUGAUGCUAUCUCCACUGAUGCUCUCACAAAUGUAGUUCAGACUGCGUUUUUUGCUCUAGAAGCAUUACAGCAAGGCGAAACUACUGAGAGUAUUGUCAGUAAGAUCCAAGCUAUGAAUGUCCAACAAACCCAGCAAGAAACACCACCUCAGACACUGCCUCCAGUACCAGCACCAGCACCAGCACCAGUUCAAGAGCCAGUACAACCACAGCCACAGCUGCCAUCACAACCUGUAUCAGCGUUUUCAGGAAUAGUAAGCGCCGAACCUAUUCCACAGAGUACUGAUAUUAGCAUGGAUAUGGAAGAAAAAAUCGUUCCUGUCGCUGAUUUCAAACCACGUUUUUCUAACCGUGGUGGUAUCAAUAAAAGAGGUAGAGGUGGACGCGGUGCUUCUUCUCGUGGUGGUAGCCGUUUUGCAAAUAAUGGUAAUAGAUACAAUCCAUUAGCCAGAGCUCUUGGGAUGGCUGAUUCAAAUAAUGUUAACUUCACCCGUCAAAAGAAGGAGGGUCGUUGCAAAUUAUUUCCUCACUGUCCUUUAGGAAGAUCUUGUCCACAUGCACAUCCAACGAAGCCAUGCAGUGAGUAUCCAAAUUGUCCAAAACCACCAGGAACAUGUGAAUACCUACAUCCAAACGAAGAUGAAGAGUUAAUGAAGGAGAUUGAAAGAACUCGUGAAGAAUUUCAGAAGAGAAAAGAAGCUCUUCUAGCUUCUAGACAAAAACCAGUCCAAACAGGUAUUGUUCUUUGUAAAUUUGGUGUUCUAUGUUCCAACCCAAUGUGCCCCUUCGGACAUCCAACCCCCGCUAAUGAAGAUGCCAAGGUUAUCGAUUUAAUGUGGUGUAAGAAUAAUCUAAAAUGUGAAGAUCCAAACUGUACCAAAGCACACUCUUCUCUAUCUAAAAUCAGACAAGUCGAGCCAAUGGGUCGUCCACAAGUAACGCCAACCCCAGUACCACCGCAGAGGGCUCCUGUUGAAAAAUCUCUAGAACAAUGUAAAUUUGGUGCCAAAUGUACCAACAAACGUUGUAAAUACAGACAUGCGCGUUCCCACAUAAUGUGCCGUGAGGGUGCUGCAUGUACUAGAAUCGACUGUUUCUUUGGUCACCCAAUUAAUGAAGACUGUAGAUUUGGUGUCGACUGUAAGAACGCUACAUGCUUAUUCAAACACCCAGAAGGCAGAGUCGUUCAACCACCCAGCGCCAAAGCCGGUGAACCGCAACUUGUAUCAAAUUGGAAUACUGCACAAAAUGUUGCUACGAAUGAAAGGAUGUUUGCUUUACCGGAUGCAUCCAAUAUUGAACCAGCUCCAAGACAAGAAACGUUUGCAUUUGCCCCACAAAGCCAUGCUGAAAACGAUACAGAGAUGAAUUAA